GCGCACAUUCGCGGCUCUCCUUUCACUGACAUAUACUUCCUGCCGACUAAUCCCUCUCCUCAGGAAACCGGAUUUAUUAACUAUUGCUCGACAGUCAUAUGCACUGAGAAGACACCGCACGCAUUGUUCAUUAAACUUAGGGACAAAUACGGAAACUUAUGUCCCAUUUCUCAGAAUUUUGACGCCAGCGAUGAUUUCUCUGUCGAUUUGGUGGAAAUGUCGUCCGGAAAACCGAUUCAUUCGGCUUUUUAUUGGGAUAUUCAGCCAAAUCUGAGUCGAAUUGCACUCGUAUUGAAGUUAGAUAAGGAGGGCCUUUACAGUGCGGUUGUCUCAUACCGGGGCUCUUCCCUCAAAAAUGGCGAGUUUAGUAUAAUUGUGUUGAACAGCACUGAAUCGGCUUUAGUUCAGAAGCAUUCGAGUAAAAAGAGCCAAACG